AUGUCCCUCCUUAAUUGGCUGAAACGUAAAAAGAACGAUAACGAUAGUGGUGCUGGUGCUAGUACUGACAACAUGGACAGAGACGCUGACGCGGAUUAUUUUUUGCCUUCCCAAUCAGAAUCUGAUAGUGUUGAACGUGACAAUAAUAGCGGUGAUGAAACUGAUGAAAGUGAGAGUGGGGCAAAGAAAUUGAAAUUUAAUAAUUUACCCGAUGUUCCCGAGUGUUGGACAAUAGAAAUGUACAAUAGAAAAUGUGUAGAAUAUAAAUGGCUUGAAACAAAAGAAAAAAAACUAGGUUGUAGUACGUGCAAGAAAAUUAAAAAUCUCGGCAAUGUUCCUAAAAAACAAGGCGUUCAAGUUUCGACUGAGUGGGUUAAUUGUAACAUCGCGGCGUUUGGAGAUUCCACAAAAAAGCAACGUCAAUCCCUCAGAAAAAAAAUCUUUCAUCAUAAGACCAGUGAAGCCCACAGAUAUGCUGAGGAAAUUCUGACAGAAUCUCACAAAGAAAGAUUAAAGACCAGUCUUACUAACCAAAGUACAGACAUUUGUGAAAGUACCAAUCGUGUAUUUACAACAGUUUAUAACAUCAUAAAAAAAGGUAGGCCUUUUACAGAUUUAACUUCUGAUAUAGAUAUGCAAGUAUUAAAUGGUUUAAAGAUGGGUCGCAUUUUACACUCAGAUCAUGCAUGCGCCGACAUUGCAAACCAUAUUGCAACGGAAAUGCGAAAAAGAAUUGUCAGUCAAAUUAUCCAAAAUGAGUCCAAGAUAUCUGUUCUAAUUGAUGAAACUACUUCUGUUAGUAAAAAUACAGUACUAGUGGUAUGCAUCAAAACAACGUUACCACAUUCCGAACCUGUAACAUUCUUUUUGGAUUUAAUUGAUUUAGAAACCACCACUUCUUCAAACAUCUUUAACAUGUUGAUGCUUUGCUUGGAAAAACAUGGGUUUACAAACGAUUUUUUGGCUAGAAAUUUGGUUUGUUUUGCUUCUGAUGGAGCAUCAAACAUGAUUGGAAAAAAAUCUGGAGUAGCUACACAGUUAAUUAGUCAAUAUCCAGAUUUAGUAGUAUGGCACUGUUCUAACCACCGUUUAGAACUAGCAGUCCAUGACGUACUGGAGGAAGUUGAUGGCAUCAAUCAUUUUAAGAUAUUUUUCGACAAGUUGUAUAGUUUAUAUAGUGCUUCGCCAAAAAAUCAAUAG